AUUUUUCUUAAUUAGAUAAAAUCGUAUAUUUAUUUUUUAAAAUCGAUAUUUUUUCUGAAGAAGCAAAAUCUGGAAAUUCAUACUUGCAUUUUAUCUUUUCUCUUUCAACUUUUUUUUUUUUUCUUUUGGUAAAUAUUUUUGAACUGGGGAACAUUUUUAAUAUUCUCUCUCUCUCUCUCUUUUUUUUCAUCAUUGUAUGUCUUUUUUAAAGUAGCGAAAUCAUCCAAAGGAACAUGUCUGUUAGCAAAAACUGUUCAGUUAGUCGAAAAAGAGCAAUUUCUUCAUCCACGACCUUAUUCGACACUGUCCUCACUACUACAAAUUCAAUUGAUUACUCUGCUUGUUUUGAAGAUACUGAACAGCUUCCUGAAAGAAAGAAGACUACUAAAGACAAGGUGCAAUUUAUUUCCAACACGGCAACCCAUCAUCACCAGCAAAUAGUGACAGAUACAACCACCACAGCCACAACCAUACCUCGCAGAGUGUCCUCUCAGCGUAGUGUGCCGGCAUUUUUGCAUAAAUUAUUUAGUAUGGUAAACGAUGGAUCCAAUACUCAUCUUAUUAGGUGGGCAAAAGACGGCAACUCGUUUUUAGUACAGGGUCAUGAAGAAUUCGCCCAGUCUAUUCUACCUAGAUUUUACAAGCACAAUACAUUCGCUUCUUUUGUACGCCAGUUAAACAUGUAUGACUUUCAUAAGGUCCCUCAUUUACACCAGGGUGUGCUUAUAGCAGCGGAUAACACUGAAAAUGAGGUUUGGGAGUUUAGUCACCCACAGUUCAAGCGGGACAGACCUGACCUCCUCACUUCAGUUACACGAAAGCGCAAUCGAGAUCGCGAAAAUGCCCCUGACACCAAACAUGUUGAUCUUGGGUCUGUUGUUCAGGAAAUCACAGCCAUAAAAAAUCACCAAAUCAACAUCACCACAGACUUACGUAACCUGCAUAAAGACAAUGAAAUGAUUUGGAAAGAAACAUUAGCUGCAAGAGAAAAUCACCAAAAGCAUCAAAAAAUCAUUUCAAAAAUUCUUCAAUUUUUAACCGUUGUGUUCUCCAAUGAUCAACACCAGCUAAAUCUCGAUAACGAGCAAGAUCCAUUGUUUUGUCCCGCGAAUAAUAAAGCGGAUACUAACAGUAAAGACGGUAAAAUGCGUAGUUUAGACGAUAUUACGACAAUAGAUGUACCAACGGUUAAAACAAAUAGACAUGCGAAAAUAGACACAAAUUUGCAGCAAAAAAAUCAAAGCGAACUUAACGUAGACUUAGACAAAUGUAAAACAAGCACUUGUAGAUCAGCACAAGCUAUUACCAAUGAUAUCAAUAUACUUCAGGAUAAUGUGGAAACACUUGCAGCUCAGCUGGGCAUUAACUCAGGAGACAUUGGGCUAUACUCAAGCAGUCACAGUUCUAUGAUAUCAUCGGCAACCCAAAACGACAGGUUACGACUAUUUAAGCUGGCAGAUGACGAUAACAAUAUCGCGGUGUCACCACCUCAAAUGCCUUCGGCCCAUUUUACUCGGUCAAAUGAUACCGACGUAACAUUUCAACAAAAUACCCAUCAAGAACAUAAGAGCACCAACACAAAGACUACUGGAAGUAGCUCGACUUCAACUGAGGACAGCAACCCACUUUCAUUUUUCCUUUGUCAAUUUUUAAAGUCAGUCGAUUCGUAUCACACAGAUCCGCCCUUUUCUUGUGUUCGUGGGACAGCAUCUACGCAUGUGAACGAUGCAAAAAAUGCAAUCUGCCAAUCAGAUUUUAUUCCGUGUGAUACAAGCAGUAGUGAUUUAACUUUGGGAGCUCCUUCCAUUUCAAAUGAGUUGUUCUUUAAAGAAGUUCAAAGAAAACGUACCGUUAUAAGACCUACAUUUCAUAAUACCAACUCAGAUUCAGAACGCUACAAAACUUCAUCACCGAGCCAACAUCCCCACCACUUUACGAUGAGUACUGAUAACGCUUACAACACAAUUAUUGAUACAAACUUAAAUCAGCAAGCGGAUUAUAUUCGCAGUGAAUAUCAAGCAAGACCAUCCCAUCCCUUUUACCACAUUAUGCCUAAUCAUCAACAAUUGUAUCAUCCACAACCAGUAAACAGUAACAAUAAUAAUAAUACCUGUUCUCAACAAGUUAGUGACAAUAACACCCGCCCACAACAGAAAAUGGAUUCAGCGAUGUUUAUGAAUUAAGUCAUUUUUUAAAAAAAAAUAUGUAAGAAACACACACACACAUACACACAAACGCCCACACGAACACGAAUACACACACAUAUAUAUAUGAUUAAUAAAUGAAAUAAUUAUGCUCUUUUAUACCAAAGGUUCAAAGGAUAUUCGAUUAAGCGCGGAAUUCUGAGAAAAUUAAAGUUUCUUAUCGCAGAAUAAUGAACGUUAAUCAACAAAAUCUAGUGAUGGCGUAGAUUGUUUACAAAACUGAGUUGAAUACUUUACAACAAUAAAACUUACGUAACCACAAUGUUGAAAGGGUUUUUUUUAUUUACUUAUUUUUUAGAAGACCAA